CUAAACCGCUGUGGUCCACUGUUUAAGCACUGCAGAGGAAAGGUAUUUAGCAUUAAUACAAACAGCUGUACUCAUAACAGCAGUUGAAAAGUGGUUGUUUAUUUUCUGAGAAACCAGUCUCCUGGAAAUACAGUGUGAAUUUAGACAGUUUAAGCAAAAGGGGUUCCACUGUAGGUACAGUGAGAUCGUAAUAAUAAUAUGAGGCCAUCGGCUCUAUUUAUGCCCUUUUAUCCAGUUAUGACCAAGGUAUGAAACACAGCAUGAGAAAUGUCCCUGUGUCAUUUAAACCCAGCAGCCUAAUUGCAAAUAGCUAAUUUUCAUGAAGUUCGUUUUUGUAUGCACUGUUGCCAGAUGCAUUUUUGCAGUUCCUGUUCUCUGUCUCACAAUCAGGGCUUCAGUCACUGUGCUGCAACAUGGUGUUAAUUUCAGUGUACAAUGCCAGUUUAUUGCAUUGUUCAUUAUCACAGGCUAGUUUGUCAUAACAGACCCUCUGGCCUGAAUAUACUUCUUCUGCGGAUUUGCUUUCCCUUACAACAGAAUACAUUUACAAAAUCACAUUACAUUACAUUACAAAUCACAUUCUCAGGACUGGUCUACCACCCCAGUUUUUGUUUAUGUUCAUACAGAUGCAAAAUGUACUGUGUGAAAGUACUUUUUGGUACUUUUCUCUACUGUACUACUACUACUAAUGUACAUAAACAGAAGCAAUGUAAUUUAAAUCUCUGUUGUAAAAUCAUUUAUUUUUUUAACACAAUAUAGAGUAUAUUUGCUGCCCUGUGUAAAUAUACCAUGUGAACACUGGCAGGCAUAUUUAAUUAAAAGCAUCUGCUCUAAAUGCGGAGAGGACGAACCAGGUACUGGUGUGGGGAGGUUCACACCAAACCAGGCCUGUAGUUGGUGUGGAGCAGCAUUAAUAGUUUGAGGGGUGGAAAAUUGCAAGGCACCAUGGAUUCCAGGUCUGUAGUCUUGUUGAUGGUCAGUAAUUACACAGAGAUGGGGAUGGAGAUGGGGAUGGGCUUUUUGGUUUCUGAGCUUCCCCUGUAAUCAUGCAGGCACAAGCUGCAGACCCCUGUGGACGUGAUGCUUUGCACACCCACGGACCACUCUGGGAAAGUCCCAAAACCCAGCAUGUACAAAAGUCACACAACAUUUAGCCUCCCUCUUAUUGUGGGCAUGCUCUGUUACUGCAUUCAAAGGCCUGCAUAGUCACAAGGGAACUAUCCUCUUGUUCUAUCUCUUUGAGCAUUCCUUAAACUAACCCUGUAUAUUGGAAGAAAACUGCCAGAAGCAAUAGGUGAGUUGAGGAAUAACACAAGCUAUCACAGUGAUUGUGGAGUGAUUGGAGCUGAAAAGCAUUCCCAUAGCUCCCAUAAUAAAAUAUAAUCUGAGGCUGAUGCAUCACCUUUCAAAAUGAGACAGGCAAAAUGUGAUUUGAAAGGAAGAUUGAGAAAUGCGCACUUAAAAAACAAAAACAAUACUUGUGCAAAUUCAUUUUCUGUCCCAGACAUGGCACAGUUAGAGGGAGGAAUGGUGAAGACCCUGCUGUAAAAUCCACCUAUGCCAGCUUGGUAAUAAACUGGAUAUAUGCUGGGUAUCAGCUGGUCAAACAGCUAGUGAUGGUAGCUUGUCUGAGCUGGUAGCUGGUCAACAAGCUACUAGCUGUCUUGAGCUGGUCAAAACAUGUCCAGCUGGGAGCUGGUCUGAACUGGUCAACCAGCUAAACCAUGUUGAGCUGGGAGUAGGUCUGAACUAUUUUUGAACAUAUUUUGAGCUGUUUUUUUCAGCAGGGGAAGUAGUGUUCACUCUGACAUGAAAGUGUCAUAUGAGUCUCAAAAGAAAAAAUCUUUUCAUCAUCAAAAGUUAGUGACAUGUGAAAAUGCAAAUGACUCAGUCACCUUGUCUUUUCAUGUGACAUUUUUUUUUCACAUGUGAAUAUAUGCAUCAUUGUAAAUUAUUGACAUAACCCCAGUAUAUGUAUCUGCAUAAAAUAAUCAAACAGACAAUCUACUUUCAAAACAAACUACUUUCAAAAACCUUAAUAUGGAUAGAUCACCAUGUUUAAGAUUCAGUGUGAUAAAGGCAGCAUGUUCAGAGAAAAAUAUUUCCAAGGUAUAAAGCCAUACAAUAAAUCUUAAUGCUAACUAUAUUGUCUUAUUGUAUCAUACACGGUAUAUUAUGAAAAAGUCACGUGGAUACAUACGAUAAGGCUAAACCGUAUAUGGCAGCUCUUCAAAGGCUCUUGGUUCUUGUGAAACCAACACACUGCCUAUGAAGCCAGGGAGUGACACCAAAAUUACCAACCACAUCUAUUGCAAGUGGAACACCACUUAGGCCAAAGACAUGUGAACCAGACCCCAGUCUAGAAGACUAUGAAAUACAUCAGCCAGUUUUAGACCAUUCAACAUGGUUAGAUUUUUGAAGUAUAUCACUAAUAUAAAGGAUCCGUUGAAAGAAAAAUGGCAAAUUAUUUUCAAUAACUUUCUUAAAAGAAAGGCACAUUUGUCUGUUUACUUACAAGCAUGACAUUGUUUACACUCUGGACACAUGAUAACAUAGUUUUUUCUUAAAUCAUCACUAUACAAUCUCAUAAUUAUGUCGUACGAAUAUCCUUUAUCUCUGUGUUUCAAAUAAAAUAUGCAGUUUUGUCCGCACGUUAUGCUAAGAGAGUCUUUGUUGUAAGUAAGUUCUGUUCCAGAAAAGUAUUGCUGCUGGUAGAAAAAUAUUCAAAGUCAGGAGGGUUAACAUUGGAAUCAAAGAAUUCACUGAGAUACAGAGCUAACCAGUGCUUGCCUGACAUGUGUCUAGGAUGCUAGUUGACAAUUAACAUAGCAGGCAACUUUUUUGCCUCUGGUAAUUCCAAAACACUAUAAAAUUAUUUACUUCAAGUGAUGUUGCUCAUCAUGGCCGUAAUUUCCUCGGUGUUCAUGAUUAGUAGUAAUCAUACAUUCUGUCUCUGCUUUACUUUGAUUAUAUCAUCAAAGCAUGCAUGUUCAAUCAAAUUUACAGUUCUGGGAAGGCUUGUUUGAAUCUCAUCUCCAGUCAUUUGUUGCCUAUCUUGACCAGGGAGAGGAGCUGACUACAUCCUUCAUUUGGCUCUUGACGAUUUAUGAACUGGGGCUGAUCUUUUAGAUGUCUCCCCAUUGCCAGAACCAAACUAUAGUAUUCCAGGGCUUAAAGUUCUCAGGCAUGGUGCUGGAUUUCCACCAUUUGGCCGUUUUUUCCACAAAAUAAUAUUCUCACAAUCUUUUAUAAAAAAUUUAUAAAAGAGAAAAAUGCAUAACUUUGCUACUUUCCCCCUAAAAUUAUAGUAUAUACAGGAGGAAUUCAAUUCUGUGUAAUAUAUCAAUAUGAUAACAUCCCUUCUUUUGUAACAUGUAACACAAGGUCUUGAAAUGUCAUAACGCGGCCCCUUUGUUUUUGUUCUGGAUGCGUCCUAUCCAAUCACGUUCAUUCUUGCAACCAUUUAUUCUUAAUUUACCAAUGGUGUGCAAGUAAGGCAGUUUUUUCAUCAAGUGAGUAGGGAGCUACUGUCAGUCCAUCAGUCUUCUUGCUGUGCACAAAAUUCAAAGUAUCCGCUGAAACAUGGAAGCGAAGUUCAUUCAAACUGAGGAAGCCUAAUUGAGAGGGGAGUGAAAAACGAAUGGAGAUGGGCUUGGGGAUGGACAACCACUUAACACUUGGUGCAAAAAACUCCAUGGAAAUGUUUUCCUUAAAUGCUGAUGAGUCUAUAAGCCUGAACAUGGAUAGAAUUCUUCUUCUGUCUAGUUAGUUAUUAUAAUGAUGAUCUUGGCAAAGUUAUAACAUCUAUGCAGUGUUUCCCGUAGUGGUUUAUAGUUAAGGUGGCCAGCCUUAACUAACAGUCCAGCCUUAACUAACGUUGGAUUAAGAAAUGAAAAUCGGAAAGAAUAAAUCUGACGCAUCUUGAUUUUAACAUCCACACCAUUUAUCAGCAGCCUCUCCUGAAAAAACAUGUCUGCAUGUAUGUGCCCGAGCUGUUCAAAUGUGUAGUGUUGCUGUUUCCUGUAUAUAUGGACAUAUUCUUCAGUCCUUCAUUGUCUCCGGUGGGGUUCGUUUUCUUGGUUUCAUUUUCUCCACUAUGGAAAUCCACAUACUGCUGAGAAAUACGAUAAUGUCAGUGUCCUUUUCACAGCAAGGGUCCAGCGAGCCAAAUGCAUAAUUGUUUCUAAUUCUAAAAAUGUGCUGACUUGGAGCAAUGUAAUCUUCUGCUGUUUAACUGUUUGCCAUGUUAAAAAAGCUUUUUUUUGAUGUCUCAGAAACAGAAGAUCGUCAGAUCUUCUUAUGUUUUUCCUAAUACGUUGUGAUUCAUGCUGCAUAUGUCAUCAAUGUAAAUGGACUGCAUUUAUAUAGCACUUUUAUCCAAAUCACUUUAAAAUUAAUGCCUCUCACCUACCCAUUCACACACACUCACUCCCACACUGAUGGCGACUGGCUGCCAUGCAAGGGCAAAGGACCAACCAGCUUGUCAGGAGCAAUUGCAGGUUGGGUGUCUUGCUGAGGGACACUUUGACAAACCCAGGGCCAGCAACCUUCCAACUGCCAGAUGACCUCCUGAGCUAAUGCCGCCCCCUAUGUGAACAAUGUUUGUCUGUAAUGGGGUUUUCAGUGAAACACUGUGAUUCAGGACUGUCAUGGAGUCUUCAUACAGUGAACAGAGCAUCUGCCAGGCCCGGGCCUCCGUAAUGGUCUACGAUGAUACCAGUAAGAAAUGGGUGCCAAUUAAACCUGGACAGCAGGGCUUCAGUCGCAUCAACAUCUACCACAAUGCUGCCAACAACACCUUCCGUGUGGUGGGUGUCAAACUGCAAGACCAGCAGGUGGUGAUAAACUACUCCAUAGUGAAAGGCCUGAAGUACAACCAGGCUACACCCACCUUCCAUCAAUGGCGCGAUGCCAGGCAGGUCUAUGGUCUCAACUUUGCCAGCAAGGAGGAGGCUACCACUUUCUCCAAUGCCAUGAUGUUUGCCCUCAAUGUGCUGAACACUCAGGAAGGAGGUCCAGCUGGCCAGCGGCAGGUCCAGAAUGGACCCUCCACAGAAGAUGCAGAGGGGCACAGGAGGAUGAUGGACCAGCAGCAGGAGCAGAUGCAACAGGUGCAGCAGGUGCAGAUCGAGAGGGAGCGAAGAACAUCUGGAUCAGUAGUCUCCACCCUUCAGUUUAAAAUGUGUCCGUCCCCCUUCCUGUCUGACGCUCCCUCUCCCGAGUACAGACACUACCGAGCCAACACCUUGCCUCCCCCUUCCUAUGCCAGGGCCACCUCCUCCUCCUCCCCCUCUUCUUCCUCGUGCUCCUCCUCGUCCUCCCAGGGCACGGAGGCAGUCUGCUCCCCACCUCAACAGGCCCAGACCUCCCAGCUGUGCACCUCAAUGGCCUCUGCCUUCUCCCCAGUGCAGUCUGGAGGAGUGGGGGGGGCUCAGCCCCGAAACGUGCGGCAGAUACCCAUUUCCCCUCCGACCACCCCCCGCCACCAGGGCCCCAAGCUCCCCCCCAAGCACGGCACCUGGUCCUCCCACCGCUCGUUCUCCACUCUGCCGUCCUCUCCUCCCCAUGUGGCUUUGGUCGUUCCUCUGCCCCUCCCCAGAGCUCCUCCCCUCAACAUGGCUGAGCAGGGCCCCUCCCAGCCCGGGUCCUCCACCUCUCGUGCUCUCCCCCUCAAAAAAUCUGAAGGCUCCUUUGCACCCAGUUGUGAGGUUAUCCCCAUCCCUGCUCUGAUUGGCCAGCAGGCCCAGGGCCCCGCCCAACAGCUUCCAUUCCCUGGCUUCCAGCUACACCACGCACCCCCCUCUUACUACACUCAGUCUGAAGGGGCAGCACCCAAGAAGACUCCGACGCUCACUCCCGACUCCAGUCCCGCACUCCCGCCAGGGCAUCCCUCUGUACUCUCAAUAGCCCCUCCAAUUGCUGCGCCAACCCCACCGUCCAUGGGGGGGCCCCCACCUCCGCCACCCCCACCCGGGCCCCCACCGACCUCCACGGUGGCCCCGCCACCCCCGCCUCCACUGCCGGCUGGUGGAGGACCCGGGGGGCCAGGGGAGGAGGCCCCCUCAGGCCUGGCUGCUGCACUGGCUGGAGCCAAACUUCGGAAAGUGCAAAGAUCUGAGGAUGGCUCAGUGGGAGCAAGUGCCAGUGGUGCCAAGAGUGAUGCCAACAGGAGCAGCGGGGGCGCGGGCGGAGGUCUCAUGGAGGAGAUGAAUGCCCUUCUGGCACGAAGAAGAAAAGCAGCGACACAGACAGAAAAGUCAGGGGACAGGAAAGAGGAUGACAGCCAAAAUGAGGACCCAAACUCACCCAAUACCCGCGUGCCCGGCCAGCCCAACUCCACAGAUCCUGUGAAAAGGCCAUGGGAACGAGCUAAUUCUGCAGACAAGGCUUCAUUGGUAUCCAGGGUGAGACCGAUUGGCAGUAGCAGCGACACAGACGCCUUAGACUUCGACAGAAUGAAGCAGGACAUUUUGGAGGAGGUCGUACGUGAACUGCACAAAGUGAAGGAUGAGAUCAUUGAUGCCAUUAGACAUGAACUUAGUAGAAUUAGCAUGACAUAGUAUCUCUGAACAGCAUGAAGACAGCAGGAAGUGCUGGGGUUCCCAGGAGAGGGCCCGGCUAACAAGCAACCUUCUCUUGACAUUGCUGUGACCUCAUGGCAACAACGUUGCCACGCCGUUACAGGAGCGUUGCGUGAAUGUUAUGAGUCAGUCAAAGGAAGAGAUGGAGGACACUCGCACUGAUAUGUCCACAUGAAAUUUUUUUCUCUGUACAUUUAGAGGCAGACCCAUUUGCAGCUUGCUGCUCUGUCUGCUAAAUACAUUUUGAUGAACUUAUUUUCUAGGAUUUUCUUGUUUUACUUUUUGUUAAUUAUGAAUAAUAUAAUAUUGUUAUAUAUUAUUUCAGACAAGCAUUGCACACCAUUUUAUGUCAGCCUUUUAUAUUUUAGAUCUUUUUCCCGUGUGCAUAAGCGCAUUCAGUUGAUUUAUAGCCACAUCACCUCAGUACAUUAUCAUUUUUCAAAGAGAUUUUUUAUCCUUUUGCCAACACAGAUGUAUGAAUUAUUUAAAAAAGUCUGAACCUUAAAUUAUUGUGGAAGAAAUAUAAAUGGUUGCUUUUUGAAUAUUACAACCUUAUAAUCAAAACAUUGAUACAUCAAGAGUUAUUUGUGAUCAUGUUGUUAAUAAAAUGUUUAUUGGCUGCAAGAUAAUGGUGAAGUAUUGUUUGUUUUAUUAUUUCUCUUUUCAACCAAGUGCUUCCUGGUUUUCAAAAACAAACAAUAAAAAAAUGAAUUUCAAUAAAACUGUGAACAAUG